AUGUCUGCAGUGGGUGUCAAGGGCACCCUGUGUGUUGUUUUGGGAUGUGAAAAGAGAACGACUUUGAAACUACAAGACCCUAGAAUCACACCUUCCAAGAUCUGUAAAGUGGACGGGCAUGUCAUGUUAACAUUCGCUGGAUUGAACGCUGACGCUCGUAUUUUGGUGGAUAAGGCUCGUGUGGAGGCCCAGUCCCACCGUUUGAACUUGGAGGACCCGGUUUCCAUCGAGUACUUGACCAAAUACGUUGCUGGUGUCCAGCAGAAGUACACCCAGUCUGGUGGUGUCAGACCGUUUGGUAUCGCCACGAUGAUUGCUGGCUUCGACGUCAACGAUACCACGCCUAAGUUAUACCAGACAGAACCUAGUGGAGUGUACAAUGCGUGGAAGGCCCAUGCCAUUGGCAGAUCUGCCAAGACCGUGAAGGAGUUCUUGGAGAAGAAUUAUGAAGAGAACCAGACCGACGAGCAGACUAUAAGGUUGACGGUGAAGUCGUUGUUGGAGGUGGUGCAGACGGGAGCCAAGAACAUCGAGAUCUCGGUGUUGAGGCCCCACGGCAAGAUUGAGGAGUUGUCUGUAGACGAGAUCACAAAGUACGUUGAAGAGAUCGAGGCCGAGAAGCAGGCAGAGGCCGAGAAAAAGAAGCCUAGCUCGAAGGAGUAA